CUUCUAUCAGGUCUGCUCCUGCUGAGGAGGCUGCAGCCGCCCCUCCUCCCUCCCGGGCCCUGCAGGUGUGUCUCCAGGUUCCCUGGCUCCGCUCUCCACUCCAUUCCCAGACUUGGGCCUGAUCAGUCACCCUGUGCCAGAGCUCCAGUCCGUCCCACCGCCAAGUGCAGAGAGAAUGGAAACUCCAGAGGGCACAAGGAGCAACGGGGCCAGCCCCGAGGCCAGGGAUGCCCGAAGCCCCCUGGGAAGCAAUGGCAGCGUGGAGAAUGGUGGUAAGGUGGAAGCCAAGGAGAGCAAGGGCGCCAAUGGGCAUGUUGGGGAAGGCGCAGAGAAUAAAAACCCGGGGAGCCCCCUGAAGCACGGGGAGGGAAGGAGUGCCUUGUUUUCUGGCAACGACUGGAGGAAACCCAUCAUCCAGUUUGUGGAGUCUGUAGAUGACAAGAACUCCAAUUACUUCAGCAUCGACUCUGCGGACAAGAGGUCACCUUAUGCAGGCCUCCAGCUGGGGGGCUCUAAGAAGCCACCCGUAACCUUCGCAGAAAAGGGGGAGCUGCGCAAGUCCAUGUUCUCCGAGCCCAGAAAGCCUGUGGUGUCCAUCGUGGAGCCUGGGGAGGGAAGAAGGAACAGCUACCCCCGCGGGGGAGAGUCGGGCAUUCUGCUUCGGAACAAGUCUAAUUCAGAAGAGAUCCUGUGUGACUCGUGCAUCGGCAACAAGCAGAAGGCCGUGAAGUCUUGCCUGGUAUGCCAGGCCUCCUUCUGCGAUCUGCACCUCAAGCCCCACCUGGAGGGAGCCGCUUUCCGGGACCACCAGCUGCUGGACCCCAUCAGGGACUUUGAAGCCCGCAAGUGCCCCCUGCACGGAAAGACCAUGGAGCUCUUCUGUCAGACAGACCAGACCUGCAUCUGCUAUCUCUGCAUGUUCCAAGAGCACAAGAACCACAGCACGGUGACCGUGGAGGAGGCCAAAGCUGAAAAGGAGACAGAACUGUCUUUGCAAAAGGAGCAAUUGCAGCUGAAAAUCAUCGAGAUUGAAGAUGAAGUUGAGAAGUGGCAGAAAGAGCGGGACAGGAUUAAGAGCUUCACCACUAAUGAAAAAGCCAUCCUGGAGCAAAACUUCCGUGACUUAGUUCGGGACCUUGAAAAACAGAGGGAUGAAGUUAGGGCAGCACUGGAGCAGCGGGAACAAGAUGCUGUGGGCCAGGUGAAGGUGAUUGUGGACGCACUGGAUGAGAGGACCAAAGUGCUACAAGAGGAUAAGCAGACCAGAGAGCAGUUGCACAGUAUCAGUGACUCAGUGCUAUUUCUACAGGAAUUUGGGGCACUGAUGAGCAACUACUCACUUCCCCCACCUCUGCCUACAUACCAUGUCUUGUUGGAAGGAGAUGGCCUGGCUCAGUCACUGGGCAACUUCAAGGAUGAUCUACUCAAUGUGUGCAUGAGGCACGUGGAGAAGAUGUGCAAAGCAGAUCUGAGUCGGAAUUUCAUUGAGAGAAAUCAUAUGGAGAAUGGUAGCUACCAGGCUGGGGACCAUCGCUUCAUGAACAACUACAUGUCUGACUGGGGCCAGUCAGACACCCUGAAGAGAUAUUCCAUGUACCUCACACCCAAGGCUGGGGCCAGGACAUCGUAUCAACCUUCUUCUCCAGGCCGCCUCACCAAGGAGACCAACCAAAAGAACUUCAACAAUCUCUAUGGUACCAAAGGUAACUACACUUCCAGAGUAUGGGAAUAUUCAUCCUCCAUUCAGAGUUCCGAUGAUUUGCCUGCUGUCCAAGGCAGCUCCUCCUUCUCCCUGAAAGCAGGCAUUGGGAAAGUCCCCUAUCACUUCACCACCCGGGGACAGGCCUCUACAGAGUUUUCCAAACAGUUGGAUGGUGGCCUGUUUAACAGUAACACUGGCUAUCCUUCCAUCAUCAGAAGUCAGAGUCCCAAAGCUCAGCCACAAACUUGGAAAUCUAACAAGCAGACCUUGAUGUCACACUACCGUCCAUUCUAUGUCAACAAGGGUAAUGGUGUGGGUUCCAACGAGGCCCCUUGAGCUCCCAACUUAGGAGUGAGACACCGAAAGACCACCUGAUCCUUCCCCACUUGUACCUGCGACUGCUAUCAGUUACUGCUCUGUCUCUUGGAGGUCUGGGCUGGUGGGGAACAUGACCUUCCAAGGAUUUCCUUGUUCCCCUUCAGCUUCCCCAGUCCUUCAAAUUUCCUUACGAUCCUAGAAUUUGUCAGCAACUUCCCCUUUACUUAUACUCCCCUGUCUCCUCCUUUGUCCUCUUACUUUCCCUGAGGUAGAGAGGAUUCUUGUCACCUCUUUUACUUUAUGGGUCAGGAUAUGGUUCACAGAAGGGACUCAUCCUCCUUCCCCUUUUCAUUCCCCCUCCCAGCCAGUAAGUCCUUCUGUAGACCUUGGGUUGACAGCUCUGGAGGUGGGUACCCAUUUGGCACCAACCUGCCAUUCCUACUGAGCUUCACUUCUGUGUUCUCAGCUCAGCCAAUACAUUGGUUUUCUCCUACAACUGCCAAUAAACACCCUCAUGGGUGACAAGGUGGGGCUGUGCACCUAGCAGACAAAAUUUCCUUUCCUUGUGCAAAUGCAGAUGCCAUCUCACUCUUGUCAACUCAUGUCCUGGCAGGGCAAAAUUGACCUCCCUCAAACUCUGACUGAUUUUUCUAAUACCCAGGCCUGCCCAGGAUUCUCUGAUCUUGCCUGAAGAGGGCAAAGUUCCUCCUAUCUGGCUAGAGGCUGGUUUCCUAUAUAGUCAGAGGAGUUUGAUGCUUUUGGCAUUGUGCCAAUCAGGCCCAGGGUCCCUGACCAAGGGGGUAGAGAUAAGUCACCCCCAUUCAGGAAACCUGUCUGUCUCUACAAGGAAGGCUAUGGCUCUCCAGAAAAGACAGCCAGAUUGCUUAGCUCUUGGCUCUCCCCAAUCCUUCUUUUAUUUGUUGCCAGAAUGGAUAUCGCUCCUCACAAUGCCUUUCCCCAGCCUUGCAAAUAACUGCUAUCCUGGCAGCCUUGGGGUUAAGUUACACAUUCUGCAGCAUAAUGCAGAAUAUAAAAUGGGGGUUGGGGUUGGCAGGGAAGGGGAGAUCCUGGUGAAUGACAAUAUCAGAGCUGGUAUAUGGUAAGCACUGAGCUAAAAAUAUGCUCCUACCUUCACUCCCUAUGCCCGCUGGAACCAGAGUUGCCAUCCCUUUUCCCAUUUGACCAGCCUCACUCCUGGGAGCUGCUCCCCUCGGCUUCCUUAGGGCCUGGCUGAGAAUGGGUCUUGGAAAGAAAAAAAUCAAUAACACACAGAACCAAGAGGAAUCUGAGUCCCCACACCUGACCCUCCUUCCCAAAUGGAGGGGCAGAGAUGAAUCAGGACUGGGAAUCUGGGUUGGCAGAUACUGAGCUGGCACAGGGUGGAGGGAGCUCAGUCUUGGUUUCUCCUUCCUAAAUAAAUCAUUGUUUGAUUCUUUA